AUGUUUUUAGUAUGGAUCAGCAGUGCAAAAUACUACUGGCCUUUAUCCGCUAUUAGCAACAACACUGUUCUUGGUACAGUGCUUGGUAAAGUAAAUGGUACAGUAGCACUAACAUCAGGAGUGAGAGAAAAGUCAAACACAGCAUUACAAUUUUCUGGUGAAGGAUCAUACAUUGAUCUUGGAAAAUUUGAAAACAAGUGUUUUAUAUCCCCUGAUAAUUGCUCGAAUGGUUUCACUUUAUCAUUUAUGGCUUUGUUUGACCAGGAUGCAGUCAGUUGGUCAAAACGAGUAAAUAUUUUAGACUCGGUAACAGAUGAAACGAACUUUCUUGGGCUUGGUGUUUACAUCCAAAGUCACCAUCUUUGGUUUGUUGUUUCCAAAACAUCUAAAUAUGUGAAGACCAACGUAGCGAUUACUGGCGAUAAAACAUGGCGUCAUUAUGUGAUGAGAUGGAACGGAUCAGAUAUUCAUAUUUCCGUAAAUGGUCAACCAAUAUUUACAAAAAGGUAA